AUGCUAUCCACCUCCGUUGCUUCAAUAAUUAAUCUUUUCAUUGCUUUCCAUCCAGCUGACGUCAUGGUCUCAUUUGGUGCGAAAACGAUAUAUGCCGUUGAUGUAGGCUCCGUCUAUGACACCAAUCUGACAAACUAUGGUGAUUGGCUCUCGGGCUGGUGGCUCAUAUAUCAGCGUUUCUUCCGCUGGUGGGGUCCUCCUAUCAGGGUACCCAACUUUACGGAGAUUCAGUCGCGAUUGGCCUACAUCUCUUGCAUUCGUCAAUUGGAGGAAGUCAAAGCGAGUGGAAUUUGUCAUUAUCUUCGCCCUCCAAUUGAUCGUUUCAUGACUCUCCAAUUCUCAGCCUUUGAGGAGAUUAUGGUAAACAUUUUCUCCUUUCUUGUCUAUAUUUGUCCAAGGCGAAGCAGUUAUCUUAGAUACCAGUGGUUCACACUUGGAAUGUGUAUUUUUCAUGUCCUAAACUCUAUUUUUCCAAACCUUGGAAUAAACCAUCUUAAAACAGCAGAAUAG